GAGGCCCCUGUUGCCGUGGUAUCCCUGAAGCGAGCGACUUAGAAGGAAGAAAGGAAAUUCCAGCUUAUCCGGGAACACGAUUCAUCCCAGCAGUCACCGAUGCUCGACCGUCCCCAAGGGGCGCGAGUAAGGCCCGUGGGUCCCGCGGCCCCGAAGCAGCAGAAGAUGCGGCCCCUGGACGUGGUGGAGCUGGCGGAGCCCGAGGAGGUGGAGGUGCUGGAGCCCGAGGAGGACUUCGAGCAGUUCCUGCUGCCGGUCAUCCACGAGAUGCGGGAGGACAUCGCGGCGCUCACCCGCGAGCGCGGCCGGGCCUACCUGCGGACCCGGGGCAAGCUGUGGGAGAUGGACAGUAUGCUCCUCCAGAUCAAGACGCAGGUGGAGGCGUCGGAGGAGAGCGCGCUCAACCACCUCCAGAACGCCGACGACGGCGCGGCCGCCAGGGGCGAGAAGGCCGAGGAGAAGGCCAGGGAGAUGGCCAAGAUGGCAGAGAUGCUGGUGGAGCUGGUGCGGCGGAUAGAGAGGAGCGAGUCGUCGUGAGCGGGGUCGGCCGCAGAAUUCGCCCCAAGCUCGAUCAGACAGCUCCUGUGGAAAUACUAGUAGGCGAGGGGCGAACCCCCAGUUUCAUUGCACCAGAAGCUGGGCGGUGGGACGUCACUGAAUUUUACAUGUAGAAAUUGUUGAGUCGGCAGAUGUUUUGGUUCACAGCUGGUAGACGGACUCCUUGAAGAAACAGUUUGUCCUUUUCGUUAUUUUGUAUGUUUUUGACCCCAACAUAACCGUCUCCCUGUGGCCGGUGGCUGGUGACCUGGAUAUGGGUUUAGAUUGUCAGAUGUUCUCAUAAGGAAAAUGGGGCUUACACAGACGUUUCGGUGGCCUCGUUCCAGUUAUUUUGCUGUGUGUUUGAAAUGCUGGGCAUGGCCUUGUGUUUUGCUGUUACCUGUAUGACCUGCCUGAUAGCUUCCUGGAACUUUGGAACACUUGAAGACUUGGAGUCAGGAUCUUCAGCUUUAGGAGGCACUAGGUAGUGCUUGCUAGCUGGUGGAGAAAGCAUGCGUGAGACUGCUUUGGACGAGACUGGGAAUUGGAGUUGAGUUGGAGAUGAAAGAUGGGUUUGUAUAUAUUUCAAAACUUUAAUUGCUCUAUGAGACAAAGGAGAGAUAUGUUUUGUGGAACAUUGUCUGAUGUAUAUUGUGUAACCCUGUCAGGUGAGUUUAUUUAUACAACCUGGCUGACCUUAUGUGACAGAUGUUUGACUAAGGAAUGAUGGAGUAGCUUCACUGUUGUCAGACCCUCACACAUUCCAGGGGCUUCAGAGUAUAGCAUCAAAGAGACAGUUUACAAAGGGCCUUGAGAGGCUGGAGCGAGGAAAGGAUUCACCAGGGCUCAUGAAGUCCCUUCUUGUUCGUCAGGUGUCUUAGUCAUCUAGUGCUGCUGUAACAAGUACCACAGGUGGAUGGUUUUACCAAAGAGAACUUUAUUCUCUCAGUCUAGUAGGCUA